GUUCAAGGCAUCUUUGGCGCGGCUCCUCCUGUACCCUGGAGCUCCAAGUCCCUGUCACGGCGACCAUGCCUCAGCAUCCGCCCUCCCUCAGCUCCGCCCGCUCUGGCCGCGAUACCGGUGCCGGCGGUGGCCCCGCCCGCCCGUCGCUUGGUUGCGGCGGCGCUUCCGUCCGUGGGGACCGACCGAAAUGGCGGCGGCCACCACAGCCUUGUCCCUGUCCUCCGUCUCGUCCGUCUCCUCCUCCUCUGCCGCGCUGCUGCGCCCGGGCUGGGCGCCCCUGAGGCGGUGGCGAACCCUCGCUCGCAGCACCAGCAGCUUCCCGCGCAGCGCCGCCAGUGACGAAGCAACUGUUAUCUCAGGGACGAAGCUCGCACGCCAGGUUUUGAAAGAAGUUCGAAGGGAUGUGGAGUCGUGGAUAUCUGCUGGGAACCAGAGGCCUCACCUCACUGUCAUAUUGGUAGGGGACAAUCCAGCUAGUCACAUCUAUGUCAGGAACAAGAUAAAAGCAGCUGCAGCUGUGGGCAUUUCUAGUGAGAUCAUACUGAGGCCUAAAGACAUUUCACAGGAAGAGCUCUUGGAUAUGACAGUGAAACUCAACGAGGAUUCCAGAGUUAGUGGUUUAUUAGUUCAGCUACCUCUCCCAGAUCACAUAGACGAACGGGCAGUCUGCAACGCCAUCGCCCCUGAGAAGGAUGUGGAUGGGUUCCAUAUCAUGAACAUUGGGCGGCUGUGUCUCGAUCAGCCUUCCGUCAUCCCCGCCACCGCCGCUGCCGUCUGGGAGAUCAUAAAACGGACGGGAAUACAAACAUUUGGAAAAAAUGUUCUUGUGGCUGGAAGAUCCAAAAAUGUUGGAAUGCCUAUUUCAAUGCUUUUACAUACUGAUGGAGAGCACGAAAGGCCUGGAGGUGAUGCUACAGUGACCAUUACUCACAGAUACACCCCAAAAGAGCAGCUCAAGAUCCAUACACAGCUUGCUGACAUAGUAAUAGUUGCUGCAGGUAUCCCCAAGCUGAUUACAGCUGAUAUGGUCAAAGAAGGUGCAGCUGUGAUUGAUGUAGGCAUCAACCAUAUCCACGAUCCUCUUACAGGAAAAACCAAGUUAGUUGGCGAUGUGGACUUUGAAGCAAUGGGGGCCCUGAGUGAAGAGUCAGCUAUUACUGCGUCAUCCCUCAGCACUGACUUACGGAAUAAUUGGACGAAAAACAACGCUGAAGUAGAUUACACAGAGCAGCCAAAGCUCUUGAAGCUGAUGCAGACCUGCCUUGAGGAACACCACAGCUACUGUAUCAAUGGGCUCUGUGCCUUCCACAGCGAGCUGAGGAAGCCCAUAUGCAAGUGCCUUGCAGGUUAUAAUGGAGAGAGGUGUGAACAUUUAACACUAAAUUCGUACGCGCAUAAUUCUUAUGAGCGCUACAUUGCUGUGGGGAUUGGGAUAGGAAUACUGACCAGUGGAAUACUCGCCAUCAUCUACUGCUAUGUAAGAAAGAGAUGCAGGAAGCUGCAAUCCCCCUACAAGGUGUGCGUGGGUGAGACGGCGCUGUGAAGCCCCGGCGCUGGAGCGCUCACCGGUUUGCCUGCUGAGGAGGAAGGCCCCCUGCGCCCCGGGACAGGUACCCGGCCUCGCUGAGGAGAUGAGCUCGAGGCAACGGCGGAGGAGCGCGCCAAGGGAGCUCCCGCAGGACUGACAGGCUCUGUGUGUGGUUGGAGAAAGACUUCCUCUCUUUGGGUGAGGGUGGAUCAUCCUCAGGUCCAAGCAGCUGAGGACCCUGGCAGGCCUCUGGGCACUGCCCUGUGCCCGGUGUUGGCCGUGGGGAGGACUGGUUGGUUUUGGUUGUUUUCAGUCAUUUCAAGCACUCGUACAGUGUUCUGCUUUGGUCUUUUGUGUGUUGUGUCUGGUUUUGUUUUCUCCUUUUUUUUCUUCUCUGGAGGGUAAGCACCACCUCUCUCACAGUGGAGCUGUGUUCUGGACAUCACGCACUGACCACUAACCAUUUGGGUUCUGGUUGUGUUGUCUGCUGGCUGUGUAUGUGGAUAAACAGCCCUCUCCCAACCCAAUGGUUACCCUUGGUGUGCUGGGCCAAGUGUGGGCUUCUGGUGCCAUAAAGGACAGGAAAUGCUUUGGACUGAGCAAAAUGUCUGCUUCUUGAAAACAUCCUUAAAUUAGAAUAUAGAGAGUAGGCCAUUCCUGGAAAAUCAGACCGUGACACCUCUGGGCAUGGCAUGUUCUUACAGCUUUCAUAAGCUAAGCAACCAGAUGCCUUGCUCAAAAUGGAUUAUGGAGUGUGCUGGUGACGAGGAACUCUGCUCUUCCCAAGCAUCUUACAGCAGCUACACAGUUCCUUGGAAUUUCAGGCAGAACAUUGCCCUGCUGCACCCUGAUUCCUGCGCAAGACUUGAAUUGCUGGACAAGAUGGAAUUUUGUUAUGAAACUUGGCUACAGUUUUUCCCAGGAAACUGACUUUCUCUAGUCCAUUUGCACAUUAUGGGGACAAUGUGACCACUCAAACAACAAAGACAUGAUUUUAGGGAUUCGGUUCCACCCUGGACUAACAGAUUGCGUAUCGGAUGCUUGCUUCCAUUCAUCUGAUCUACAAAGAGUUGGCAAGGUACUAAGAUUUGGUUCAAGGAGAAGGGAAGAAAAUUGGUUCUGAAGAUGAUGGCAGCAACUGGGACGUCUCACUGCCAGCUGGAGUGUUUGCCAGCGCUGAUGUGACUAGAGAUGGCUCUCAGAGAUUUUCAUUUCAGCUGUUGCACGUGGUAGCUCAUCUGCUGUGCUCAGCCAUCUACCAGGGAAAGGCAAUUGGUGCUUUGAGAUUUUUGUGGAGUAAUAUUGGCUCCUAAAUUCAGGUGCCCUGCUGAAAGCUCAGUUUCUUGGUUGUGUGAGUUCAUUUUGACAAGAAGGAUGCAUGUUGUUUUUUUGAAAGAAACUGUAUUUGUGACACUACAGUGACAAUGCUUCCAAAUGUGUUUGAAAGGUGGGGUUUGAAAGGGUAAAGGUGUGUGUGGCACGUCAAUGGUCUGAAGCUCAGGGGGCUUCUCGUGUGGGCAUCCUGAUCGGUAGCUGAGCCGUCUUGGCUCUGUGAUAACCAGAAAAUAAAAGAGCACAUCACACACUGCUUGGAAUCACUGUAACGGAAGGGAGCAAGCAGCAUAUGCACACACAAAAAGGAUUGCUGGUGAGGGGUGGAUGGACACCACUCCUCUGCACAUGGACACCAGUAUUUUCAUCCCUCAGCCUUUUUGUCUUCUUGAUCUCCAGUCAAAUCUUCAAAUCUUUGCUCUGCUUGCUUUUUUCCAUUCUUCUGACCUUUUCUUAGGUUCUACUGCUGGGUCACUUGUGCUCUGGACAGUCUUCAAGUCAGCUUUUGGUAGUGGCCCUAUCAUUUUCUGUCACACGUAUGUGGUGAGAGGGCAAUUAGAUAUGAAUUAGAGUCUGCACAUCCUCACAAAUGAAAAACACCCUUCACCCAUCUCACAUGGAAAUGGAAGAUGUGCAUGUCAUUAGGAAAACACAGGUGAGGGAUCCUGCUCAUUGGUCUCAGGAGAAAAUGGUGGAGCUCAAUAUCCAAAGGAUGAUAAGCCUUAGGGUUUCUGUCACAUGAGUGAAUCUUGGUCUCCCCAGUGAGUUGUCUCUUCCUGUGCUCACACUGCCAGUGUUGGAUUUACUUCCCAAGGACCAGCCCUUCUCUGUUGCAGAGGCUGUCUUGGAGCAGACACAGGCCCUACACAAGUGGCUCAGGGGGUCCGUGCACUUGUCCCACAAGUUCUAAGGGCAUGAGUUGGAACAACUGGACUUCACCUUGUCCAAAGAGAGCUGUUGGAGGGAGAUGCCUUUUUUUUGCAUGUCCUCUUACUGAUGUUUGUGACACCCUUUGUGUAUCAGAGGCCAAGCAGGGUCCCUGCAGGAUAUGCAAGUGCCUUUUCAGUGCUAUUUAUUUACUGCAGUGAGCCAUUUUGUACCUACGGCAGCAUACUCUGACUUUAUUCUUUCAAGUUUGGUUACACGUAAGUGAAAAGGAAGGUCUACUUAAGGGCCACAAUUUUGCAGGAGACUACAUAGUGAAAUAUGUUUUUCUAGUUGGCUUUCAGGCCCAAGCUGGCUUUGGAAGUGAGAGUUUGCUGGUGUUUUUCUGCUAGUGGAAGAACAAGUGGAUAGUGAAGCACCAGGUAAGCCUGUGCUAUGCGAAAUGAGACUUGGUGUCAGGACAUAAUGAGAAUGAAAUAGAAAGUUGAAGAUGGGAAGAAGGCAAGGCAGGAAGGAAAAGAAGAGCUUGAUUUAUUUCUGUUCUCUUUUUCCAAGUGGAGUCACAGCUUCCAGCACAGGGUUCCUCACCGCCUGUGUGCCUGCCCUGCAGAAGCACAGCCUCAGAGCAGGCCCCAGCUGUGUGUGAGGCAUGGCUGCGUGACUGACUCACGGUGCAGUUGGGCUGAGGGAAUCUGCCUGGCCUCAGAUAGCUUCAGGGAGUCAGCCCUGCUGAGCCCUUCCUUGAUAAGUGACAGAUGCUGCCAGCCUGGAAUGGCGUGUUGCUGCUUACGGUGCUGAAUUUCCUGCAGAACUGGCCUGUCGGAGGAUCAGCAUCAUCUUUCUUAGCUCAUUUAUCAGGCUCAGACUCUUUCUGUAGUGGCAUAAUUAAGAGAGUUGUAAGCUUCUCCUUCCCUUUCCAGCUGCACGUGCCAAAAACUGUCAUUUCAAGAGGAGCCUCUGUGUUUGUGUGACUUCUAGGCAGGGCUGCCUCAGCUGUGAGAGGCAGCAGCUCAGCAGGGGCAAGCCAGAGACGUCCAAGACCAAGAUCUUCCUUUUUGAAGGACGGAGCGCUUGCCCUCUGAAUGAUCCAGGCUGGUGGAACCAUACUGGCUUUUCCUGCAGCACAUCUCUCAAGCUGGCUUGCCCUUAAGCCGCCCAGCCCUGAACCUGCUCCACUGUCAUCUGCAGCCACUGUGCAGGUGUGCUGGGCUGCCCCUGGAACAUCUUCCCUGAAUUCAAUUCCCUUUUUCUGCUCAGCUGUGUGGGUGGCCUGCAGUUUCCCUGAUCCCAGCAAGGUCUGUUGCAGACAGUGAGAUGCAGGCCUGGGGAAUAGAUGGCUUUAAAGACACUUGGUUUGCUUUGGGAGGGAAGUGUAAGGAGCUGGGUUGAUGCUCUUGAGUGCACAGCGUCCCUGUCCCACCUGCUGGCUGGGGCAACCUGGUGACUGGCAUGCAGCUAAGAGACAGUUUUUCCUUGGAGGUUUUCUGUUAUUCCCAGUAAGCCACAGUAUUUUUGGAUAAUGAUACGCCAGGGUUUCUUCUCCAUCCCACUUAGAGUAGAAGUACAAGUCUCAUUGGUGCAGUCCUGCCUUGUGUUUGUGUACUAAGAACUAGCUGUGGAACUGCUGACUGCCUGGUGACUCUCAACUUCAUGCAAAGAAAGAAACCAAAACAACACCAUCCAAAAAAACCAACCCCAACUCUCCCUUCCACCUCCAAUCAAACCCCAAAACCAAAAUCAAACCCAAAAAAUCAUAUUCCUCUGGGCCAAAUUUUAGAGCUUUGUACUUCUUUAUACCUGUUAGACGUUUUGUUUCAUUUCUAGUCCAUGAAAUACACUGUAGCAUCCACAGGGAGAAGGCUGAUGUGGUAAUGCAAUGGAUUUCAUAAUUAAGUUCAGAAUAUCUCCUUCUGCCCCUGAAGGUUGCAGUUGUUAACGGAUUGCCUUUAGACCCUCCCUAGGAAGCAAGGCUUUAAGAAUGACGUUCUGUGGAGAACUGAAGCAAGGAGGGGUUAAACCCACAUGAUAGUGAGACGUCAGACCUGAAAUCUCUUCAAAAAGUAGAUCAUUUUGUGUGAGUUUUUUUAAGAAAUGGUGCUUGGGUAGAUCAAUAACACAGUAAGUGUUGAGGGAGGGGAAAGAUGGGUCAGAUUUGGGAGGAUGCAAGUUUGAUGGCAAACAGCGAGAGUUUGUUUUUGAAUACUCAAAUCGGUUCUCUCUCGUGUGAUAUGAGUGCAGAUUUUCUGCUUGUGUUUUAACUUGCAGAGCUAUCAUGAAAAGUACCAUGGCCAAGUGUGUUUUAAAGCAGGCAAUUUGCACGAUAAAUGUUCUGAAGGCCGGAUUCAGUCGGCUCCAGCCUUGUCACAGGCAGGGUCUCCGUAGUCCUGCUGGCUGCAGUCAGUGCUGGCAUGGAACCCAGUGCUGGCUGCUCCGUGGUCUGUGUGUCACGGAGCUCUGGUGUGGCUGCUCUUACCUGUCCUGAGCCUUGCUUGGAACAGGGAAACGCCUGUAGAGGUCCCUAUUGUACUGCAAAUCCAGGAAACUGCUUGGGACUCCUCCUUUAUGACCCAACUAAGGAACCAACAAAAAAAAAGCGCGGGUACUCAUUAAAAUCUCAGUGCAAGUAGUCAUUAAUUAUCAUGACAGCAAUAAAAUCUUGUGCUAUGACUAGACUUGGGGCUGCUCCUACUCUCGCUGAACUGAGUGGAAGCGAGAGCAGGUUCUGUGAGCAGCAGACCUUGGUGAGCUGGAGAAGGUGUGCGCGAGAGGGAGCUGUUCACUGGGCUGCUUUGAGAGCUCUGCUACUCCGGGCCCUUUGGCUCUUGGCUGUGCAGGUGGGAAAAGCUCCCUCUCCGUGGCUGCCAGGGUUGGGAGCUGGGGCACAGGCUGGUUUUGGUUGAGAGCAGGGUUUGGUAGGAAGCCCAUGGCCUGUGGGCAAGCAAACCUCUAAAUGAGAGGUUGCUCGAGACAAAUUAAAAUUCUAAUUCAAUUUUUCAUAAGUGUGAACAUAAAAAUAGCCCAUGAGACACAGUUUCAACAGACAAAUUAGGGUUAAAACUGCUUUAAAUGCUUUUUUGCUGGAGCAGUUUGGGAUGAGCUGAACUUGGUAGUCGAAGCAUGUCUUGCAUAGCCAUUCUGGGGGAGUUUUCCAUUUGAUGCUUUGGGGUUGUGGAAUUAGGGUCAUCUUCUGUGAAUGGUCACCUGCCUUAGCUCAGAGCUGAGUUUUCUAAUUCAUAAAAAUGUUAAAGGUAUCCAAAGGUGAGGUUUUGAUUCCGUGUGUAAGAGUGAGUCACUUAAAUUCAACAAGAAGUUUUGAUUAAAAUUAGCAUUUAUCUGGUGAAUAUUGGCAAGGAGGUUUCCUUGUGUGGAUUCCCUAGUGGCAUUUCUUUAUGAAGGUAUUUUGUCCUUUAAUAAGCAGAACUACAGUUUACUGCGUUUUGAAUACCUGAUAUUCCAAUGCCAGCUGUGUUUCCUGGCCAGCACUGUCCAAGAUGUGGCAUGGCAGCUUUCUGCCGGGAGCCAGCCUGAGGUGCCCAGCAUGGGACAGCUUCCUAGGCGGGGUGUGUCCGUGAGCCCAGAGCUGGGUGCCCACGGCUGCUGCCUCAGGCCUGACUUGCUCCUGGAAGCCCAGUUUUUGGAGCACUAUUGCUGUGUGCCAGUCCAUCUCUCAUCACUUGCAGCUUCCCAAGCUUCCCAAGUCAUGAUCCACUUAGAGGAGUGCAAGAGCAUGGGCCCUGGCACUCGAAAUCUGUUAUGCUCUUUGCCUUGUUUUCAAUUGGUUUUUAGGUGUUUUUGGUUUUGGUGGGGAGGCACAGGGAACGCAAGAACCCUUCCUUUCUCCUCCUUCCGCAAGGCUGUUGUGCAGAGAGGCCUCUCCACAGCUUCCUCUGGCAAACAGCACAGCCAGGCUUGAGACACCAGAGGACAGGACUGAUCUUGGAAGAACGCGUAAGUAACUCGGGGGAAGCUGAUUUGUUUGACAUCAUUUCAGUAUGUAAGGCUAAGUCUGUUUGUGCCCCAUUGUCGUGGCAAAUCCCACAAUGGAUGGGAUUUUGUUGGGCCGUUUGGCGGAGCCUGGCAGCUGGUUGGGCAGUGAGCAGUGUUCCAGGAGCUGCCGGAAUAGAUGCCAACGCCGAAUUCUCAGGCGGUGCGGCAGCAGCUGGGCCUCGCAGGGAGCUGCGGCAGCCUCGCCACAGCGAGGACCCGAGCGCUUCCCCUGUGCACAUCCCUGCUCUGCCGCCUCUGGGCGGGGGAAGCAGGGCGGGAUGACUCAGUGGCACGGGCUGGGAGGGGGGCCUUCAGUUACAGGCCGUGCCAGAACACGCAAGAUUUGGCUGAGAACUUCGUGCUUUUCCUCUUCAUUUUCAAGGCCAAUGGCAUUGCACGUUCAUGGGUGUUUCUUGGAGGGAUGCUCUUCAGGCUGGCAGACUCAAGGAGGGCCUCCAAGUGGCCUUGUCUGUGUGAUUUUUGGAAACUCAGCAUCUCAGGUGCCAAGUUUUUGGGUCUAAGUCUUUGUAGUUCUGAUACGGUACACAUCUGCCUUGUGUCUCAGGAUGCAUGACUGCUGCAGUGCCCUUUCAGGCUGUCUGGGUUUGCUAGAGCAAACUGAUGCCCUGAAACACAGGCAGGGCUCUCAAGGAGCUGAAAGAGUGGAAAUUAUCUUGCCCUUUCACCUUGCCUUGUUAAUGCUUCUCUUGACUUCGGUGGCAUGUUCACGACUUCUCUUGUGCAAAUAGAUAUGAAAGUUGUCCCUCAGGCACUUCUCAGCCGUCUCCUGAAUUCCUUUCUCCAUCGCUAACGACGUUUUCCAUCAAGAUUACAGCAGGAAAAAAAUGUUCUCUAUGGGCUAGGUGCUCCCCUGUGCGUGAAAAGUGUGUGCAGGAGCCAAGAAACACUAGGAGUUUGUUCCUGAUUGUUCCCAGGAAGAAUGGACAGUGACGCAGGGGGAGGGCAUGACUUUACACCAACACACACACUCUGUGAGACCUGCCCAGAAGUAUCCAUGACCUUGGCAUUGCAGUGAGGAAUUUGGGGGGGGGGGGGGGGGGUCUGACCCAGUUGGGUGUCCCUUUGCAUUCCUCCCUGACCCUUUCCUUCUGGCCCAGCUGACUUCCUUUCAGGGUCAUCUUUCCUGGCCUACCCAAAAAAGGUGCCUCCCGGCCAGGAGCACGUGCCCUUGUGUAAUUCAGGUGCCACAUUCAAACUGCAGCCUGAAAGGACUUCAAAAGGGCUUUUAAGAUGUUCCAAGUAAGGGUUAGUUUGCUUCCUUUUUAAACCGUUAAGGAUUUGUGAAAUGUACUGGUGCAAGUCCUCCACGGAAGGCUUUUCAAGACAAUCAUAAAGUAGGGCUCUGUGAUUUUCCCAGUUAGCUCUGGCCUAACUCCAAGGCCUGCUGCAGGCUGUAAUAAAGCAUUUGUUGUCUUCAGUGGGUGCAGACUCAGGCUACUUGCACUGCCUUCAGUCCAUGGUUAUUUAGGCCUUUAUGGCUUUUGAGUGCUGUGGAAUUCUUAAAAAUUCCUAUUUGUUUGUGGUGGUUUCUUGAGUGAGGAGCGCCGUGCUACAGAAGAAGAACGAGGUGAGAGAUGCAAGCCAACCUGCCAACAGUAACAGCAUGUACUCUGAAUGCUACUUGAAGGUUAAAAACCCUGGCUGGAGGAGGAAACUCAGGGGCAUUUGGCCCCAGUGUGUGUGUAUGUAUAGGCACUUUUUAGGUCUUGAAGUCCUGGGCUGCCACAGGGUUUCUGGGGACUGUGGACUGUGCAUAAUUUCAGUGAAUUGAGGUGAGACUGCUUCUCUCCCUCAAUACAAAUAGUUCUGUGUAUGUGUAUUGAAAGAAAGCAUGACACAGAUGGGAGAUGAAUUCCUUUUGUCUUCCAAACGUUGGAAUACAGUUGUUUAAGACUUCAUUGCUUCAUUAUUUGCACACCCUUCCUUCAGCACUUAAGCUGUGUGCUGGAUUUCUGUUAUGCCAAAGGAUAUUUUCUGUGAUCAGUGUCCAGGUGACAUGGAAAAGCACGGUCAAAUAUUGACAAAAGUGCCCUGUGUGUGUCUGAUAAAAAAUCUCAGACUUUAAUGUGCAUACCAUACCUCGUGCUGAUGAAGAGCUGAGGCUCUGCCCUAGACAUCAGGUGCUUUUGUAAUGUUGAACAGCAAGUUUGUCUUUAUUUCUUAUAAAAAUAAUCUUUGUUGACCCAGAGCUUGGGUUCAUGGAGAUCAGUACACGUGCAGAAAGCCUGCAGAAAGCAUUCCAUUAUCCUUCAAAGAACUCGGGGAAACCCGAACCCCACCACUGUGGGGGAGAGUUGGACCCCCUGUGCCCCCUGCCCUGUCCCUCCUGUGGCCCGUGGGGGGCUUUGCCCGGCACAGGGGCAGGUCUGUAUGCAAAAGGGGCAGAUCAGGGCCUGCUCAAUCUUUUUCUGCACCAGAGCUUCUGUCCAUUCCUUUCCACACAGAAAUUCCCCCGGGGUCUAUGGUCCUGCGCAGAAUGCGAAAAUGAUAAUUGAUAGAAACUACAGUUAAUAUAAAUAAGACAAAAUUACACUUCCGUGUGAUUUAAUGCAAGUCGUUGCCAGAGAAGCCCAAGCAGAGGUUUUCACAUAUCAUCAAGAGUAAGAUGGUGCAAAACAGCUUGAUCUGCUUCAGGUGGCCAGUUAGUUCAGAGGCUGGAGCUUCAAUGUGGCUCCUGUCCCUUGUAAAGCCACAAGCCAGCUGCGUGCCAGGCAGCAGCAAACCCUGAUUUAGCCUGUGCUCAGGCUCUGAUGUGUCCCUGGGGAAGGAGGCCCAAGGGACAGCAGUCAUGGCAUGGGAAUAUAAUGACCUGCUGGAUUUCCACACUUAAAUCUCUCUCUGUGGUCAUGUUUAAAUUUCCCUUCUCUUGCAGUACAGAUCAGGGCUGCAGCAUCAGGAACGGGGGCCUGGGAGCCUGCAGUGCUGCUCUGGCUCAGCAUCCACAGAGGAAGCCAUCUGUGAGAAGGACAGGAGUGGAGCGCAGGGACAGAGGUAGCGGAGUCCCUGCCUCUGCACAGGUUUGAUUAGCUGCAGACCCUGUGCCUGCCUCCCUGCUGCUUUCACAUAAAUAUCCAGAUAGCUACAAGGAUGCCGCGGGGGUGAAAGCACAGCCUUUGGAGGUAGUUCAGAGAUGCUGGGCUAUGGUAAACCUGCACUUAGUCCAUAUGUAACACUUUGCAUCUGUAGAUGAAAAACCAGUCUUGCUCCCAGCGUGACCUCUGGGGGAAGCAGACAAUGUUUCAGUAGCCAGCUGAAAUUAUCCCAAGACUCCCUUGGCCUGUCACGCAGCAGAGAAAGCGGAGCCUUCUGUGCUUUUGCUCCUUGUCUCCUUCAGCCCUGCCAUCCAUAAACAACUGGGGGGGGAGAGUUUCGGGUGUUACUAAUUUUAAUAAAGUGGUUUUAGGAAUGUUUUGCCUCUCCAGAGCUUUCAUAACAUACAGUAAUAGAGGCUUUUGGCAGGAGCAGUAAAGCAAAUUGCUCCCACCCUCCCUUAGCAUGCGGUAAGCUGUGUGUGUCCCAGCAGCCACGUGACUGAAAGUGGGAACGCGGCGCAGCACCUGGGCAGCUGGGAAUGCCCGUGUGAAACACGCAGGCUCCGUGUCCUGCACAGAAGCACCAGCCUCUGCUCGCCCACGGUCUCGGCCAACUCGUGCAGUUCUCUGGAAGUGCUUAUUUUGGACAUCACAGGGCAUGUUCUGUCACUGGGGAUGCACAUCCUUGCACCAUGUUUUACUCUAAGCCUUAAUUUUCCUUGCUUUUGAGCGCUUGCAUCAGCCUGUCAGGCACAAUUGAACAGAGAAAUUUGUGUUUAUCUGCCUACCUGGUAAGGGAAAGGGUGCCCCAGCUCCCGUGUGCGCGGCUGGCGUGCGGGUGACAGUCACCGCUGUGCUGCAGCCAAAACAUGGAGUCUGGGACGGCUGAAGUGCCAGUGGUGGAGCAGGGCCUGGGGUGAGUCACAGCUCAGUGCUGCUUUGGAUUCAGCAGGCAGGGAAACGGCCCGCUAGUCAGCCCUUCCUCUGCUCAUAUGUGCUUGAGAUGUGAGAGCAAAAUAUUUAUCAAGGGCUGAAAUAAACUUGCCCAAGGGAUUGAAGCCAAUGUAGCUGAGGCCUGUGACGGCCAGGAUUCCCAGAUGAUGGAGCAGUGAAGAGUCAGGGGCUCUACUGAUGGUGUAUGUGCAGCACACAUUGCUCAGGCUUUAGUGCAGGCCUCAGAGGCUGGGGCCGUGCUUCGGCAGGUCUGUGCUUCUCACUGACGGUUCCUCUUGUCUUCCCUGUGCUGGCACCAGCUGUCCCCAUGGGAGGUACAGGAGAGGCAUGGAAGUUUGACAUGGAGAGCCCACAGCCAGGAGAGACUGCUGUGCAGAAAACCUGAGAGCAGCUGGUGAGUUCCCCAUCGCAGUGGGCUUGCCAUCAUUUCGCUGUCCUGAGGGGGAUGUCCCUUUCUGGGCAGAGCCAUCGGGUGGGUGGGCCAUGCGGUCAUCCACCAGCGGCACGCUGCCAUGUAGGAAUUUCAGUUCUACUGGCCGCUGAUCAGGGGCAUGAAUGAUGCAUCCCUUUGUGCGCACGGUGACUUGCCAGAGAAGGCAGUCUUCAUCUUUGCGUGUGUUCUGCCUCUCAGCGUUAAUCCCUGUCCCUGGAGAACGAGAAAUUCUGUGGAAGAGAUGGCUUAAUAAACUCAAAAGAGGUGCUGAUGGACAGAACAGCACACGGGACUGAUGGGUGAGGGGCUGGUGUUCUCCCAGCUUGCUUGCAACCUACUACAUGCUUUGGGGAAAUCCCCUUUGCUUCAAGCUCUGCCCUUCUAUUUUUCUGUUCUAUGUACUUGUUCUAAACAGUUCACCCAAAACAAGGAGAAACAAUUCAUAGAUAUAGAGACACGAUAUGGGGGGGACUCGGCUUGAUACCACUCUCAGCGAGGGCGUGGGUUUGUUUAGCACCAAGUAAAGGCAGAAACCAUGGAAAGAUUCCACAAAUGAGAAAGGCUUCAACCCCUUGGAGGCUAAGAAAUCACUCAGCAUGGAGCACUGGGCUGUAAUUAGGAAAGGGAAAUCACCAGCUGAGCAUUAAGAAGUUCUUGCUGCCCUUGAGAUGUGUUGAGCCAUUCAGGAUUUGCCCAGGGGAGAGUAAUGGCAAAGUCAUACAAGCCAGGAGAAUGAAGUUUUAAAAACUGCCCUUUAGGGAGGAAUGCAGCAUGAACUGGGAGACCUGUCUCCCUUUUCAGUGCCAUCUUCUGAGAUGGAUGAGAAUUAGCUGCUUCUUGGGGUUUUUUUUCCUUUCUUUUUUAAAUUCCUGGGUACUGCUGACUCAAGAAGCUGGCAAAGAAAUCAGUGAAUUUGGGGAAUUGUUCUUUAUUUUUAAUAGCACAGCAUCCAUGUUGUGCAGUAACUUUGACCUUGUGCUGUGUUUACAGGAAGAGGCAUCGGCCACUUUCAGCCCUGGGUGCAGAAUUUGAACUCUCGUAGUUUACAGGAGACAGUGGUUGUUUAAUUCAUCCCUCGCAUUCAUGGCAAAUUUGAAACUGACCUUUAAACGGAGUAAUUUGGCUCAAGGUUUUUCUUUACUCCAUUUCCUCCAGCCAGUUGCGUCUACGUGUUCCAGUUAAAAAUACUUUCCCUUCUUAGGGCAUUUGUCCUAAGGGCAUGUUCCCAGGAGUCUCAAGAUUCUUACCAUUUAUGAUUUUCACGAAAUCAUGGAAUCAUUUACUUUGGAAAGGCCCUCUAAGAUCACUGAGCCCAACCAUUUCCCCCAGCACUGCAAAGCCCACCGCUGAGGCGUGACUCCAAUGGCACAUCAACAUGCCUUUUGCAUCCCUUUGGGAACUUAAUAUUAUCUUGUGUAGUUCAAAUGAAAGUGCUGUCAAGAGUGAGGUGCAUUCGAAUUGAUGUCUGACCUUCUGAGAGUAUUUAUUGAGCAUCUCUCAUUUUGUGCAAUGAAAGCUUGCUGUAGGUAAGCCUGCUUACGGAUGUACUGACAUGUGCACUUGUGCUGUUUGAAAAAUUCUGGAUGAUUUUCCCAAGAAUUUACAACAUUGCUGCUCUUUGUCACUUUGCACGUGUGCCUAACAGUGGUGAGUGCAUCGGUGCAAGGCUAGGAAUUAUUUUCUUUCUGUCGCAAAAAUACUUUCUAGCAAGAAAAGAUGUUGAUUUUGCAAAUUCAUCUUGUUUUCAGGAGAUGAAACCGCAGCAGCAAUGCAUAAAACCGGGGGCAUGCCCUCCAGAAGGCAGCUAAAGUAAGUGGUACAGACACUCACCAUGUAUGGUUUUAGGCAUGUAAAAACACACAGGUAAAGUGGCAGUUCAUUGCUGUGAACACAUGUAUUCUUCUACACAGAGUCUCCGUGAGGAAAACAGACACCACAGAAAAAUAUACACUUAAGCUGUGUUUUUUUCCUCUUUAAACCAAAGAAAGUGCUGUCUGUGCCCCAUCACUGAUGGAUACACCGACAGACAAGGCUCAGUCUGUACCCGGGCAGUAAUCACUGCUGUGAAUCUGCUGCUCUGUCCCAGAGGGGGAGGUGAAUGCUUGAGACCUUGCAAGGACUGAGGCAAGCUGAAGCAAGGACUUGAGCUGAGCCUCUGUACUUUGUCAAGAGAGAUUUUCUUUAAAGGUGGUUAUUAAGGCAGCGCAAGGUAAUAAAAGCAAGCAACUCUUUCGCACAAGUUCUCGAGGUACUCCCUCACAUUCUUGUUACACUUUGUAAAGAAAAAAAUCCCGAAAUGUGAAAGCAUUGGGGGCGGGCCUCAGUGGUGGGGUGCCAAGGGGCACAAAUCCCUGGGCGCCUUGCCCUGGGCGUGCCGGCUCACCGCGGCUGGAAUCGAGGCCAGCAGCGGAGAUGCACCCGUGAUGCUCUGUUACCCAACCGGCGCUGCCUCUCAGCGUUGCGCAGACUUGUCGCUCCUACCGGGACCUGUGGGAUGCAAUGAGCCUGCCUUACAAUGACCCCAUUGAUGCUGCAAGGCCUCUUGGAAAACUGGCUCUUGAGGUGUGUGCCUGCCUUACCCCAAGAGGCAUCCUCCACGUGGAGGAGGGGAUGGUGAAAGCCGCACUCGGGGAUGCCGGAUGCGAAAUCAGGCACUGUGAAACAAAGCGCGUUACAGAAAGGUGGAACAAAGAUGUGUCCGUGAUACUUGUUUUCCAACAUAUUCGGAUCUGAAAGAGGAA